CAGAACCCACAGCUGAGUCUCGCAGACACUUAAAUACUGUGACCUCAGCACUGCUGCUCCAAUCCGGUCCGGUCCAGUCCGGCGGGGCUGCUUUAAGAGCUGAGAGAUGUGACAGCUGGACUCACAGAGACUUUCAAUCUGCUGCGUAACACACACUCCAGGGGAACCUUGUGCAGAGCUCCGAUUUUCUCCAGUCUUCCAGCUGUCGUGUUUCUGCUCUGAACGUCUAAGAUGGACCGAUCCGCACAGGAGCUGUUUCUGAACUUUAUGAUUGUGUUGAUCACAGUUCUGCUCAUGUGGUUACUGGUCAAACAAUACCAGGAUGCAUGAGGAGCUCAUUCCUCAGCUUCAUCAUCAUCAUCAUCGUCCUCAGCUGUGAAGAUGCUCCAGCACCGGAUGAUGAUGUUUCUGCAGACGGAUGGAAGAUCUGCCAGACAGGAUGGAUCGUCUCAUGAUGCCUUCAAAAGCAGCACAGUUUGUCCGUAUGGAUUAUUGUCAUGUGUUAAAUGUUAAAUGCUUUGAUACUCUGGAUGUUUAAUGUGAUAAAUUGGGAAACACACUCAAAUUAACUGCCAAAAGAGUACCAGCAAUGUUGUGAGUGAAGACAUUGUUUUAUUUGUUUAAAUAAAGAACUCUUUGGCCAUGCAA